AUGGCUGUCGAUCCCUUUGACUCCGCUCUGGACCUUCUCCGCCGUCUCAACCCUAAACAGACGACAGACCACCUCAACGCCAUCAUCUCCAUCGCUCCAGAUCUGACCGAAGACCUUCUGUCGUCCGUCGAUCAGCCCCUAACCGUGCGCCGCUGCAAACAGACCGGUCGAGACUACCUCCUCUGCGACUACAACCGCGAUGGAGACAGCUACCGCUCACCGUGGUCAAACCAAUUCGACCCUCCUCUGGAUGAAGCUGGAUCAGGCGGCGUAGGCGCUGGUGGUAAUGAAGGCGCUGGUGAGGGUGCGAUUCCGAGCGAGCGUGUUCGCAAGAUGGAGGUCAAGGCGAACGACGCCUUCGACGUCUAUCGCGAUUUAUACUACGAAGGUGGUGUGAGCAGUGUUUACUUCUGGAACCUUGAUGACGGAUUCGCAGGGGUCGUGCUUCUCAAGAAGUCUUCUCCCCAAGGCGGCAAUUCCGAAGGUGUCUGGGACUCCAUUCAUGUUUUCGAGGCAAUUGAGCGAGGAAGAAGCACACACUACAAGCUCACAUCGACAGUGAUUCUGACCUUGUCCACGGCUGGUGGCAACCUAGGCGAGAUGGACCUUAGUGGCAACAUGACACGCCAGGUUGAACAGGAUCUCCCUGUUGACAACGAUGAUAGCCACAUCGCCAACGUGGGAAGAUUGGUUGAGGAUAUGGAACUCAAGAUGCGCAAUCUCCUGCAGGAGGUGUACUUUGGCAAAGCCAAGGACGUGGUGGGCGAUCUCAGGAGCAUUGGAAGCUUGAGUGAGGGGGCACGGGAUCGCGAGGCUCAGCGUGAACUCAUCGGAAGCAUGAGAAAAUGA